CUGCCGGAUGUAUUUAUAAAUGCCCAGGAGGGCUUUGAGAACUUUGCCUUGAUGGUGGCCCAUACAUUAGAGACUGGCACCAUCAUCCUAGACAAUCAGCAUCUAAGGGAUGUGGUGUGGAACCGAGUCCCUGGCACUGAGUUCGUUUGGGGCAUGCAUCUGCUUGGGCCUGCCAUCAGCUCCCAUGCCAUGGAACAUCCCAGCUCUCCAUUUGUGCUCCUGAGUGUUGGCAAUGCCACCAUGGACAGCUAUGGGAUUCCAGGUUCCUGCAGGAAGAAUGUUACCUUUAAAUGCCAGACUGAGACUUCACAGAUAAACGAGAAGUUGGAGAUGUGUAAAGAUGUCUUUCUGCGGGGCAGCAACAGUGAAUUUUGCUCCUUCAUGAAUUCAACCUUAGUGAAUUUGGAGACCAUGUGUGCAGAGGAUAGAGCAGUAUCGCUGCAGGAAGUUGCUUGCCCCUUUGGUUCCUUCCUGAAUAGCUCCACCCUCAGGGCUCAUGGGAAGGAGAGAAAGGGAGAGGUGGCCUCCGCUGUGACGUUGCUCCUGCAGAGUGUGGAACUUGCUGCAUUGACUGCUGCUUUGAGCUCUCCAGAGAUGAAGACCCAGACUGAAACAGAGUCUAUGGCUAUCAAGACGCUCCUCAUCCCAGCUGCAGAUUCCUGUGAUGAGGUCUUCAGGCUGAGAGUUCAGAAUGAGACAAUGGACAUUCACUGCAAUACGGUCACCAAAGCACGCACAGAAGAUUCUGUGGCUGUUGCUUUUAUUUCUUACUCCACCCUGGACUCCAUCAUUAACAAGAGAUUUCUCAACGAGGAAGAUCUAACGGCUGAUGAGAAAUUGAGGAAUUUUCACCUGAAUUCCAGGGUGGUGAGUGGGGCUGUCGGAGAUGGGAGGCUCAUGAACAUCUCCAAACCUGUGAACUUCACCCUGCGCCAUAGACAGACAAAGAAAGAGGAGGAAGAAGCUCACUGCGUUCACUGGAAAUUUAUUGCUGGGAAAGGCACCUGGUCUCCAGACGGCUGCACUAUUCUCCAGACGAACAGCACUCACACCAUCUGCCGCUGUGACCAUCUCUCCAGCUUCGCACUCCUUAUGGGUCACACUAGAGUGGAGGAGAGUUACCCACUGACAAUCGUCACCUACGUGGGACUGACCCUCUCCCUGCUGUGCCUCCUGCUCGCCAUCCUCACCUUCCUCCUGUGCCACUCCAUCCACAACGUCAGCACCUCCCUCCACCUGCAGCUCUGCCUUUGCCUCUUCCUGGCCAACCUGCUCUUCCUCACCACAGUGAAGCGCACCGGCAUUCAGAUGGUCUGUGCUGUCAUUGCUGGCUUCCUACACUACCUCUUCCUGGCCUGCUUCACUUGGAUGUUCCUGGAGGGGCUGCACCUCUUCCUCACCGUCUGGAACCUGAAGGUCGUGAAUUACACCAGCGCCAGCCGGUUCAAGAAGAGAUUCAUGUACCCAUUCGGCUAUGGAUUCCCAGCCCUGGUGGUGGCUAUUUCGGCAGCCGUGAAUCACAAAGGCUACGGAACGUCCAAAUACUGCUGGCUCAGCCUGGACAGAGGCUUUCAUUGGAGCUUCCUGGGCCCAGUCUGUGCCAUAAUCCUGAUAAAUUUAACAUUUUUUCUUGCAACCCUCUGGAUCCUGAGAGACAAACUCUCCUCCCUUAAUGAAGAUGUGUCCACUCUCAAAGACACCAGACUACUGACUUUUAAAGCUAUCGCCCAGCUAUUCAUUCUGGGCUGCACAUGGAGUCUUGGUCUCUUCCAAAUUGGCUCAGCAAAAAUGGUCAUGGCGUAUUUAUUCACCAUUGUCAACAGCCUGCAGGGAGUCUUCAUCUUCCUGGUGCACUGUCUCCUCAAUCGCCAGGUGAGAGAGGAAUACAGGAGAUGGAUUAAAGGCACAAGAAAACCCAGCCCCACAACUCAAACUGGUAGUGUGUCUGUGUCCACUGUUACUACCAGCACCAAGAUGGUGAGUUGGGGAGAGCCCUCCACUUCAUCUCUGUGAAACAAAUCACCUCUCCAACCAGCGAUGUUUAUCAUUCAGACAGCUUUGCUGUGCCAGUGGAGCAGGUGCUUAAGCUGCAAUUCUUCAUCACAACUACAUACAAAACCUGGAAGGGGAAGCAGGAUUGGACCAAAUCCUCUCUCUGAUCCAAAUCCACAACUCCUACUGAAUUCAAAGGGCACUCUAAGGUUGUAUCUGGGUGUCUCUCCCAGAUUUAAAGGGCCAGAUCCCAGGUCAGAGAGCAGUUAUUUCUUAGGGAAAACACACCAUGUGUGUGAGGGGUGGGGGGCGAUUUGCAGAGCCUUCACGUCCUAUGUGUGUGAGCUAGCUCUGCUGUUUCACUGUUAUGUGUAAAGAAUAAAAUAACC